UUACGUGAAUUUCUUUCGUAUUCGGCCGCGUAGUUGGAGCGGCUACGGCUGAAGAAAUCAGCGAGAACAAAAGUCAGUUCAGAUUUGUGGCUCACGUUUAAACAUAGUUCGCCCACGCUGCCGAAACCCCGCUACAGUGAGAUACCGACUGCCCAGUACCAACUGCUUUCUCGACGUUAAAACACGUACCAGAUAUCACACCAAGAUGAGCCGCGUUGGAAGAGGCAGACGCACGCGCGUCUAUGAUUGUAACUACAACAAGGGAGAGAGUUACUACCGCCCAGUCUUGGACCGUCUGGACGGCAAGGUACCGGUCAGCAGGGAACCUGACAAGGACCGCAUCAGGUCUGACGUGGAAGGCCGCAUCAGAAGCCACCUGGAGGACUUCGAGGCGCAAAGCACUGAUGAAUUCUUCGACUCGAGAGGCGCCCGCGCUUCUCGUGGCAAACCGCUGUCUUCGGCCUUUGAAGAUGAUGACUUAAGUGAAGAAAUUACAGAAUCGCUCAAACGUCUACGUGCUGGCAAAAAAGCGUCGAGGUUUGCCGAGGACAUCGAUUUCGAGAACACAGUAUCCAGUAUUGAAAACCGCAUGAAAAUAUCCGACAAAAUCCUCGACAGCGUCGGCAUCGGACAAAGCGAUAUGAGCAGCGCAAGAAGGGCACUCAAAGAGAACGAGGAACGUACAGAGAAACGCAUCGCGCGCAGAAUAAACGACGAGAGCCUAACAAAAUGGAGUGCCAUAAAGGAGUACGACGAAGAAACUGAUGCUUCGCGACGAGCGAAGGCCACACGUGCUCGUCUAACUGACCUAGAGGACGAAAUGACAGAGCUGAAUGAAAGGAGUGCGGCCAGGGAGAAACGAGCCGCUCGUCUCAGAGCCCUAGUCGCCGACUCUGAUUUUGAAGACACGACUGUCGCCGCCUCGAAGGUCACAAUGAAAGCCGAGAGGGAGAAGAAACAAGUCACUUUCUAAACUAUCUCUAGAAAUGAUCCAUGGGUAUAGUGGAAUCGUUUACGGAUAGAUUUUACUAGACUGUGUACUCCUGCAUUUGUAGACGUAACACGCUCUACUUAGUUAUCUUUUUAUAUUUAUGUUGCAUAGAUUCAAGCUUUGUAUAUCCCUUGUUUUAAAUACUUUUUAUAUAAGUAAAAUGUGAAAUUGUUGUUG